AGGAAGAACCUGCCAAAUGUGACGCAGAAUCUUCUGACCAAUCACAAACCACGUUGCUCGAGGUGGCGGCCGACGGUUGUACGCAUGCGGGGCAGCAGUGCGUCGUGUGAUGAGAAAAGAGGGAGGUAAACAGUUAGCCUGUUAAAACGAAACAAAAAUGGAUCCACAGAAAGAUGUACAACCGCCUAAACAGCAGCCUAUGAUCUACAUCUGUGGAGAAUGUCACACUGAAAAUGAAAUUAAGGCCCGUGAUCCAAUCCGAUGCAGAGAGUGCGGUUACAGGAUCAUGUACAAGAAGAGAACAAAGAGAUUGGUUGUCUUUGAUGCCCGCUGAAGAAGAUGAAGAGAGCAGCCAUUUUGAUUAUUUCUGUUGUGUACAAUUUGUUGUUGUUGUGUAUCACAAUGUAAAUAGAUAGAUUGACAGCUCCAUAAGUUCUGACCUACAGGCCUGGCUACAGAGUUCUGAAUUAUGGUUGAAGCUCAACAUUUUGAUUUCCAGACAAAUAGUACUGUUUUUUACCCAAGAGUGAUGGAUGAAAGGUUCUGGUUUAUUAAAAGACAAGAUUUUCACUGAC